UCCUUGAAAACGAAGAAGACUGAAUCGGAAGUGACGACACAACGUCCAGUUAUAGCCGUUUCUGCAUGCCACGACUGUUUUGUUAUUUAUGGUGUUUCUACCCAACUAACAAAAACUAUGAGUUCUCCGCGUGAGAAACACGGCACUAAACGACCAGCGUCUUCGAGCGAAGAGGAGUCGACCCAGUGGGCCUCGGCUGACCUGGGAAGCGACGAAAGGAAGCAGAAGUUUCUCCGGCUGAUGGGAGCCUCCAAGGUGAAAGAACGCACUGGACGUCUUGUCAUUGGCGACCACAAGUCGACGUCACACGUCCGCAGUGGAACGGAGGACGAGCAAAUUAGCGAGCGCCUUGAGAUGCAGUACCAGCGCGGCAUGGACGAGAAGUUGUCGGGGCGCAACCGGCGACACUGCGGACUCGGCUUCAGCGAGUCUGAGCCGAGUGAGGUCGUCCCGCCUGCGUCGGAGACACCCACUACCGAGUCCAAAGACCUUGAGGACAAAGUGUGCGACACAAACAAGACGGAGAGCGCAGCAGAAAAGGACACAAGCGUCCCAGAAAAAAGCGGGACGGAAGUGAGCGAACGGAAAAGUGCUUACAAAAUGUCUUUUGUCAAGUCAUCAUAGGAGAUAUUAAAGAAUUAUUUUUUCAUUUUUUGCACCGUGCGUAAUUAAUGUGUUGUUGCAUGUCCCAAAAUCACUGGUUUACUUUAAAAAGAGACAACAGACACAGGUUCCUCUUAUUUGUUCAUUUAGUUUGUAAAGUGAACGAUUAAUCGUCCUUGUUAGUAGCAAAUACAUACAUUGUGUGACCACUAGAUGACGCUACAAACUGGUCAAACUAUUUCAUAAAAAAUAAAACUGUGAUGUAAAAUGUU